CCACAGCCCCCUCCCUCCUCCUACCCGUCUCCCCCUCCCCCUUCCGCUCCCCCAUACCCGACACCAUGGUUCCCAUUGCAGUCUCCUUCGCCUCGAAGGCCGAGCUUUCUGCCCACCUCCGGUCCUCCACCUCCCCGGAGCAGCUGGUUGUGAUUUACAUUUGGGCUGACUGGCACCCUUCGCAUGCGAAUAUGGCCAAGGUUUUCGCCAGCCUCGGUGUCAAGUACUCCCAUGCCAACAUCCAGCUCCUGACGCUCGAUGCGUCGGCCGACUCCAGCUCCGCUCUUCUGAGCGAGCUCGACGUCGAGGCUGUCCCGACCUUCCUCUUCUUCAAGAACUCCACCCCGGUCGGCCGUGUGUCGGGCUCCAGCCCGCAGCUCUUGAACCAGCAGUUCGCUGCGGCUCUGUCGGCCUCGGUCCCGGUGGCUGAGCCCGCUCCCACCGCGACCCCCACGCCGGCUCCCGCCCCGAAUGCCGCGGAUCUGGUGCCGGCUAACCUGCCGCUGCAGGAGCGCCUGGCCCAGCUGGUGGCGGUGGCCCCGUGUACCAUCUUCAUCAAGGGCACCCCGGAGAAGCCGCGCUGUGGCUUCACCCGCCAGCUGUUGCAGAUCCUCCAUGACAACAAUGUGUCCUUCGCCUCGUUUGACAUCCUCGAGGACAAUGAGGUGCGCGAGGGCCUGAAGAAGUUCAGCGACUGGCCCACCUACCCCCAGGUGUAUGUUAAGGGCGAGCUUCUCGGCGGCCUGGACAUCCUCAAGCAGAUGGAUGCCGGGGACGAGCUGGCCGAGUAUCUCGGUCUCGAGUAAUGCGCAUGUGUGCAUGUGUAUGUGCGCACAUGCAUGCGCGCACCCCGGCGACCAUGCAUCCUCCUAGACUCUCUGCGGGUGAGAUCCGACCGAGCAGCCGGCGGGGGGGCACCCAUCAAAAAUACACCCAACAAAAUAUGC